ACCGACGCCGUCGUCUUCCCUCUCCGUCCCGUCUCUCUCCCUCUGGGAUGCAGCGAAAGCUGCUCUCAUGCACUCCCCUCCUCUCUCUCCGAACCCUAACCCACACCUCAACCGCUCCCGCCCUUCUCCUCUUCUCUCGCUCCAAGAAGCACUCGCCCUCUCCCCGCGACGAAACCUACGACCCUCCCUUCUCCGCCGUCCCCAAAUCCCCAGCCCUCAAAUCCAAAGCUCGAUCCCCCAUCGGCGACAAAUCUCCCCCUGUCCGGUCCGACCUCCCGUUCGACUUCCGCUACUCCUACUCCGAGAACGACCCCUCCGUGAAGCCCAUCGGCUUCCGAGAGCCCCCCCGGUUCUCGCCCUUCGGCCCCGGCCGCCUGGACAGAAAAUGGGACGGCGUAUCAGCGCCGGCGAACGUGGGGGUGGAUCCGGAGAGGGACUCCGAGGUGCGGAACUCGGUGCUCGGUGAUCCGCUCACGGAGGAGGAAAUCGAGCAGCUCGUGGAGCGGUAUCGGCACGAUGACUGCUCUCGCCAGAUCAAUCUAGGGAGAGGUGGUGUAACACAUAAUAUGCUGGAUGACAUCCAUAAUCAUUGGAUGAGAGCUGAAGCUGUGAGAAUCAAGUGUUUGGGAGUGCCAACCCUUGACAUGGACGGUGUCUGCUUCCACCUUGAGGAUAAAACUGGUGGGAAAAUCAUUUAUAGAAAAAUUAACAUUCUCGUUCUAUAUCGUGGUCGGAACUAUGAUCCAAAGCAAAGGCCAGUCAUUCCUUUAAUGCUAUGGAAGCCAUUGGCUCCCAUCUAUCCAAGGCUUGUACAAAAUGUUGCUGAGGGUCUGACGUUUGAGGAAACAAAAGAGAUGAGGAAUAGAGGGUUAAAUUCACCCGCUUUGUUGAAACUCACUAGAAACGGUGUGUAUGUGAAUGUGGUGGCGAGAGUAAGGGAUGCCUUCAAAACUUCAGAAGUGGCGAGACUGGACUGCACUCAUGUGGGUACCAGUGACUGCAAGAAAAUUGGUGUGAAGUUAAGGGAGUUGGUGCCUUGCGUUCCUAUCCUAUUUAAAGAUGGUCAGAUUGUAAUUUGGAGGGGAAUGGAAAGCCCUGGAAUUAGUUCAGUGAAUUCAUGACUUACUAGAGGUGAUCCCUUGUAGAUAUAUGCUUCGGCACCAGGGCCAAAGAUUAGUUCAGUGAAUUCAUGACUUCAUGAGCAAAACAAGUAAGCUGACGUGGAGUUUGGACGGUCUUUACAAAGCUCUCAUAGUAGAUAUAUGCUUGAGCACCAUGGCCAAAGAUUUAGAUGGCUUGAUGGGCUAUACGUUAUGAUUGGUACCUUGAUCUGUCCAUUGGGACAAAAUAUUAUUGGUCUCACAAUAGGAUGAGAUGGCAAAGGCUGUGUUCUUGUAUAUGAAGCUUUCUAGAAUCGAUGGUUUUAUCCUCUGCGACAAAUUAAAUACAACAAGACUGCCAGCCUGGGAUCGGAAAAAGAAGCUAGCAAUUGGCUUGAGUUUUUCCUCGAAGAACUGAUGAGCUUUUAAAUAAUGGCAUUUGCAUUUGGGGUCCUAAUUCUUUUUGCCCAUCUUACUGGUGAUCGUAUGUGAUUACAUUUUUGUUGUGACCAACAACUUAAGAAAAAUUAAAGAUGUCCUACUCCGUGCAUUUGAUGUUUUACAUGCCAACUUCAAAGCAUUGCAUCAUUUUUUUGUUCUAACUAGCAAGGAAGCUGUGCAGAGGUUUUAAAUUUUUCUUUUUCCAAAGAAAUCAUGGAGCAAUACUUGUCAAAUAUAUGUAAAGUUACUAAUUGCAUUGCACCUACAGCAGCUUGUA